CGAUGGGGGUGGCACUUGGUCUCUCCUCCCCCAAACUCGGCAAGAACCCCCACUUCUCCCUCUCCCUCUCUCUCUCUCUCUCUCUCUCUCAUCCUUUGUUGAUGGGCUUUACCUGGAUCUCAUGGCCGUUCCCGUCACCUUCGUAGCCGUUGACGGCGGUGCCCACGCCCUCCCCCUCGUCUUCUCCGAGCCCAUUACCGGCCCCCGGCCCUCCACCCGCUCCAAGCCCAUCAGCAGCUCCCUCCUUCUCCAUCUUACCCUCCUCCACUCCCUCUUAUAACCCCACACCUCCUUCUCCGGCGAUCCGAUGGCCCUGGUCUUCCUCCACCACGUCGUCGGCGAUCUCACAGUGGGAAAGCCCGAACUCGUCGAGUUCUCCGAGGCGGAGACCGUCGAGGCCGCCAUCCGCGCCAUCGGCGACUGCGCCGAGGGCGCGAUCGCCGUCUGGCGUCGCCGGGCUCCGCAGCAGCAGCAUCAGGCGCAUCUGCAGCCGGCGGCGGAACCGAGGGCGGCGAGGUUCGUCGGGAUGCUGAACUCGCUGGAUGUGGUCGCGUUCCUCGCGCGGUCGGUCGGGGACCACGAGAAGGUGAUGAGGACGCCGGUCUCCGAGGUAGUCACCCCCAAUCCGUCCCUCUUGAAGGUGGUCGAUCCCGGUACAAGGUUGAUCGAUGCUCUAGAGAUGAUGAAGCAGGGAGUUAGGCGCCUUCUCGUGCGCAAAAGUGUUGCAUGGAAAGGUAUCAGCAAGCGCUUUUCCAUUCUGUAUAAUGGCAAAUGGCUCAAGAACAUUGAAACCUCCUCUCCAGGUGCUGCUAGUAGCGGCCCACCAUUCUCAUCUUCUCUCCCUGAUGACAAGUACUGCCUCCUCUCCCGAGAAGAUGUGGUCCGCUUUUUAAUUGGCUGCCUGGGUGCUCUUGCCCCUAUCCCACUAUCUUCUAUCUCCUCUCUUGGAGCCAUUACUCCACACUAUGCUCAUAUUGAAGCCUCCUCUCCUGCCAUUGAAGCAAUUCGUAAGGUCCCUCAGGAUCCUUGUGCCAUUGCAGUUGUUGAGACAAAGUCGGACGGUACUCACAAGAUAGUUGGAGAUAUCUCUGCAUAUAAACUGUGGAAAUGUGAUUACUUAGCAGCUGCAUGGGCUAUGGCAAACUUGUCAGCUGGACAAUUUGUGAUCGGUGCAGAUGAUAAUUCAACGACUCCGAUCUCUCUUCCAGAUUUUAUUAUCAAUUCGCCGGUGGAAGAUAUUGGGGCCUCUUCCAGGCCUAGAAAGUUCAGCAGCAGGAGUAUUGGAUUCUUCAGCAACCAAACUAGCCAGAUGGCGGUAGGGAGGCUGAGGAGCAUGUACAGGGGAAGGAGUGCGCCAUUGACCUGCAAGCACACGAGUUCGCUGGCAGCAGUGAUGGCCCAGAUGCUGUCCCACAGGGCUACCCAUGUUUGGGUAACUGAUGCUGAAUCAGAGGACAUCUUGGUUGGCGUGGUUUCAUUCUCUGACAUUCUCCAUGCGGUUACGAAGAACCCAGCAAGUGCAGUUCCUCCAGCCACUUGAUUUUGUGGGUACUGUGUUGGUUGCUAAUAAUUCUUUGUUCAAAUCGUAUUCCCCAUGCAUUGGCCUAGAGGAAGUUUCCUUGAGGACUCUUUUGAUUGGGCUGGACCCUAUAUUUGAAAACUAUUUAAUUUAUAUUUUUCAAUUAUGGCCUGUCGUAUCA